AUGGUGACAGUGCUGGGCAAUCUCCUCAUCAUCAUGCUGAUCUGUCUGGAUUACCGUCUCCACUCACCCAUGUAUUUCUUCCUCAGCCACUUCUCUUUCAGCGAAAUCCUAACCACGACCUGCGUCGUGCCCCGGAUGCUGGCCAACUUCCUGUCAGAGACGAAGUCCGUGUCUUUUCAUGAGUGCUUCACUCAGUUAUGCUUCUACUUCCUCUUUGGUAGCACUGAGUUCAUCUUCUUUGCCAUCAUGUCAUAUGACCGUUAUGUGGCCAUCUGCCAACCCUUGCGGUAUCCCACCAUUUUGACUCGCUCACUCUGCGCUCAGCUCGUCACCAUAGCGUGGUUUGGGUCCUUCUUUCUCAUCCUCCCAUCCAUCCUCUUGAGAACCCGCUUGCCCUAUUGCGGGCCCAACAUCAUCGAUCAUUUCUUCUGUGACAGCGCCCCCUUCCUUCACCUCGCCUGUGCCGACGUCACCUUCAUUGAGCUUCUUGACUUCAUCGUCUCCCUCGUGCUGCUGAUCAGCUCUCUGGCAAUGACCAUCAUUUCCUACGUCUGUGUCAUCUCCACCAUCCUCAAGAUCCCCUCAGGCAAGGGGCGAAAGAAGGCUUUCUCCACCUGUGCCUCUCAUUUCACCGUGGUCUCCAUGGGCUACGGGAUCUCCAUCUUUGUCUAUGUCCAACCCACUCAGAAGCGCUCCCUGCAGCUCAAUAAGAUCCUCUUUGUCCUCUCCAGUGUGGUCACCCCUCUCCUGAACCCCUUCAUCUUCAGCCUGCGCAAUGAAACAAUGAAGAGAGCAUUGAGUGAGUCUCUGGGAAGGGUCCAGUCCUUCACCAAGGACCUGAGGGUGAUCCCUGUGAUGAAUUCGAAUCCCUGCAGGUCUUGGUCCUGA